GAUACGGUCUUUGUAAAACGGCGUUCUUAGAAAAACACGACGGCAACUUGCGAAUUCGAAACAAUUUCGCUGUAAAACAUGUCGCACCUUGUGAAAAUGGAAAACGGACAGAGCCAGACCAUUCAGGAGAUGCUGGGCUGCAUCGAGCGGUACAACCCGGAUCAUCUGAAGACACUGGAGGCGUAUGUCCAGGACCAGGCCAAGAACAACACCUACGACCUGGAGGCCAAUCUGGCCGUGCUGAAGCUCUACCAGUUCAACCCGCACAUGCUCAACUUCGACAUCACCUACACCAUCCUGCUGAAGUGUCUGACCAACCUGCCGCACACGGACUUUGUGAUGGCCAAGUGCCUGCUGCUGCCCCAGCAGAUGAAGGAUGAGAAUGUGCAGACCAUUAUCGAUCUGGCCGACAUCCUGGAGCGAGCUGACUUCACCCUGUUCUGGCAGCGCGCCGAUGUGAACCGCAACAUGUUCCGCCACAUCUCCGGUUUCAAUGAUUCGAUCCGCAAGUUUGUGUCGCAUGUGGUGGGCACCACCUUCCAAACGAUCCGCAAGGACUUGCUGAAGGAGCUGCUUGGCGGCAUCGAGGACUCGACGCUGGAGAGCUGGAUCAAGCGCAAUGGGUGGAAGCACCAAGGCCAGGGUCUCGUGGUGGUAGCCAUGCAGGACGACAAGAUCAAGACGAAGAACAUUACGGAGAAGAUUGAAUUCGACAAUGUUGGCGCCCUGAUGGCCCAGUGUCUGUAGAGCGUGUCGCGAGCCGUGUCCUUAGUCCUGUCUAAAUUUCUACGAAUAGUAAUUAACACAACAAAAUAAAGAGCCUGUAGUCUACUUACAGCUAA